AUAGGAGUCGGUUCGCGUUUACCUUCACGCGACUAGCGUUGUGUUCGGCAAGUGGGAAUCUGUUGUAGUACUUUCGAUAUCUUCGUGCUAGUUUACAAAUUAAUAGAUUCAGAACCAUUGAAAUGCACAGAGGCACAGGUUGUGAACCAGUAAAAAGGACGACAGUAAUGGGUCUCUCAUCAAAGGCAAAUUCUGCAACGGAAAACAAACCAAAUAGACCUGGGCCAUCAAAAGACAAGUACAAGAAACAAUGUCAACCAAAGAGACAGUACAACAUGCCCUAUAUGUCGGACUCCUUGAUAAUACCACGUGUAAAACAGUAUAUGGAGGAUCAUACACAUUCAGGCAGUGGUAUUGUUGAUGUUGAUGAGGUGGUUGACGACCUUCGAGCAAGAUACCCGGAAUAUGGCAGAAGAAAACGAGGACCAUUUAAACAAGGUGUACGUAAUGCUUUUGACAUAGUGUAUCAAACGAUGGCAUCAGACAUGAGUGACUGGGGCGUAACAUCCGAUAUGAGCGAUAUUUCUUCAGCAUCAGAUAAAGACGGAGACCUGGAUGAACUGGAGAGUAACACAGCAAAUGAUCAGAUGUUGGCAGUGUACAUGAAACAACCAGUGCAGCAAAAUAAGAGAAAGCGGUCUAGAAGUGAUGAAGGUGAAAAAGAAUUAAUAAACAUUAGCAGCGAUGAUGAGUUGCUGAAGAAUGAGGAUGAAGACACAUCUGUGCAGAAAUCACAGAAUGGUGCUGCGACUAGUGUGAAAGUAAAUACCCAGACUCCGAUCCCCACUAAGAGUAAUACACAACCAAAGGCUGUGCCCAUCCACACAUCUGUAUCAAUAUCAAAUGUAACUGCAGUUCCAAAGAAGAAGAAGAAAUGGAAAGAUGUUGAGGCAAGAAAGCCAUCUGUGACCUUCAAAGAUUUUGGGGGAAGUUCGAAAGUUAUACAGGAAGUGUGUAAAUUGCUGAUACAUGUCCGGCACCCAGAAGUGUACAAACAAAUAGGGGUGACACCACCCAGGGGGUUUCUGCUCCAUGGGCCACCCGGAUGUGGAAAAACUUUGCUAGCCCAUGCCAUUGCUGGGGAACUAGAUGUACCAUUGGUGAAUGUGGCAGGACCAGAACUGAUAGCUGGUGUGUCCGGGGAAUCAGAAGAAAGAAUUCGUGAUCUGUUUGAUCAAGCUGCAGAGAUUGCCCCCUGUAUUUUAUUCUUGGAUGAGGUGGAUGCGCUUGCACCAAAUCGACUUACAGCGCAGAGAGAAAUGGAGAGGAGAGUUGUUGCACAGCUUCUUUCUUGUCUUGAUGAGCUGGGCCGAAAAGAAGAUGGUGAUCAUGUUGUGGUGAUUGGCGCUACAAAUCGUCCAGACUCAUUAGACCCUGCACUGCGCCGUGCAGGUCGAUUUGACCGUGAAGUGUGUCUUGGAAUACCAAACAAGGACGCACGAAUUCAGAUUCUGCAGAUUCUAUGCAGCAAGUUAAAGCUUGCUCCAGAUUUUAGCUAUGAGUAUGUAGCGUUGAACACCCCAGGGUUUGUCGGGGCUGACCUAAUGGCGUUGACGCGGGAAGCUUCUAUGGUAGCAGUUACCAGAGUACUUGUCAAUUUGAAGAAAUCUACUGAUAAACCUGCAAAUACACCAGAAAAUGAAAAGGCUGUAGUAGUUGAUAUUAUAGAAGAGCCACCUGGCAGUGCUGAAAAGUCACCAAAUGAGGAGUCUUCAAGCAAGGAAGCUUCAAGUUUAAAUGAAAAGACAGAGGAAGCAACAGAAAAUGUUAUAAAUAAUAAAUCUUACAGUUGUAAAAAUAAUGAGUUGCUUGAUCUAAUAGCUUGGUUGCAUGACACUCAAUGUCCAUUGUCGGAUCAACAGUUGGAUGAACUUCGCGUUGAGUUAGAUGAUUUCAAACAGGCUCUUAAGUGUGUCCAGCCUUCAGCAAAAAGAGAAGGUUUUGCAACAGUACCUGAUGUUACUUGGGAUGAUGUUGGUUCGUUGAGAAAUGUUCGUGAAGAACUACAAAUGAUAAUAUUGGCUCCUGUAAGGCAUCCUGAACAGUUUGCUGAGCUCGGAAUUUCUACUCCUUCAGGUGUACUGCUGUGCGGCCCACCAGGCUGUGGCAAGACACUUUUGGCGAAAGCUGUGGCUAAUGAGGCGGGCAUCAACUUCAUUUCAGUCAAAGGCCCAGAACUUCUUAAUAUGUAUGUUGGUGAGAGCGAAAAAGCAGUAAGACAGUGUUUUCAGCGAGCAAGGAAUUCAGCACCAUGUGUCAUAUUUUUUGAUGAAUUGGAUGCACUUUGCCCAAAGAGAUCAGAUUCUGGAGAGGGCGGUGUAAGCAUGCGUGUUGUGAACCAGAUGUUGACAGAGAUGGAUGGGAUUGAAAGUCGGAAGGGGGUGUUUCUGAUGGCUGCAAGCAAUCGCCCAGAAAUAGUUGAUCCAGCAGUAUUGAGGCCAGGAAGGCUGGACAAGCUCCUGUACAUUGGCCUUCCAUCUCCUCCUGACAGAGUGGACAUCCUCACUGCGUUAACUAAGAAUGGGACAAGACCUGUUCUAGACACAGAUGUUAAUCUGAAGACCAUUGGAGAGAGUACAGAAUGCUCUGGCUACACCGGGGCAGAUUUAGCAGCGCUGGUUCGAGAAGCUGGAAUUGAAGCCUUGAGAGAAAUCAUGACUGGCUCCAGUACAACCAGCAAGUUAGUUGUUUCCAAUAGACACUUCUUGAAAGCACUAAAGAAGACACGCCCUUCAGUUUCUGAGAAGGAUGAGCGGCAUUAUGAGAAGCUGCGGAAACUGUGCUCAUUAUUACAGGGUUCAGAUGAAUGAACAUGUUGACACAAUGAAAUUGAAAAGGGUUUGGUCAGGAAACUUACAUAAACGUAAUGGACUUGUAAUAAUGUGUAGUUACUGAUAGACUGGACCUCAGAGGUAGUGUUCUGGACCUUACUUUGCACACAUUUAUUUAACUCUAAAUUAUUUAUUUCUGAAACUUUUUUCAAAUUUGUUAUUUCUCACCUAUUCUGUUUUGAAUACCUUCUGACUUCUUUGGAAAUUCUCUGUACUAAGUAGUUAUAUGUUUCACCAAUGGACUGCAUGACAUGCUGAUACCUGAACCUUUAUGCAGUCCUAGUUUCUUCCAUCAAAAUGCAUGUUUAGAGCAUAAAGAUCCCUCAGGUUUAUACAGGAAGUGGAACAGAAAUUAUAGAAGAUUUAUUGCCAUGCAUCUUACUGCUCCUCUGAAAGAUUGUAGACCUAAUACAGUACUUUAUUUAAAAAGCCAUUUUCAUCUAUAUUGCUUUUAAA